GGAUAAAUCAUUCAUCAACCUCUCGUCCUUCACUCAGCUUCUUUCCUCUUCAAUGGCGACUCUCAGCUUCAACCCAACCAGAAUCAGAACACCAUCACUUCCCAAAAUUCCUAAAUAUUCAUCUUUUUCCAGACCCACCAAAACUCAUAUCUUCACCUCCGAUACCCAUUUUGAACGACACCGUUUUGUAUCCAAAUCCCUCCCCGAGAGCUCCGUUUCGGUUCCCAAAGAAGAGGUCGUCAAUUUCGAAGCCCCAGAGGAAGGAGAAGCAGAAUUAUUGGAAGAUGAUCCGACGACGGAUCUGAGUUAUAUGGAUCCUGAAUCAGACCCGGAGAGCAUAACGGAGUGGGAGCUCGAUUUCUGCUCGAGACCGAUUCUGGAUUCGAGAGGGAAGAAGAUUUGGGAGCUCGUGGUUUGCGAUGCCUCUCUCUCGCUUCAGUUCACAAAGUAUUUCCCCAACAAUGUCAUCAACAGUGUCACUUUGAAGGAUGCUAUUGUCUCCAUCAGCGAAGAACUGGGCGCUCCUUUGCCUGAGAAGAUUCGGUUCUUCAGGUCACAGAUGCAAACCAUUAUCACAAAAGCUUGCAAGGAGCUUUCGAUAAAGGCGAUCCCCAGUAAGCGGUGUCUAUCACUAUCCCUUUGGUUGCAAGAACGUUACGAGACGGUAUACACACGUCAUCCCGGUUUCCAGAAAGGAUCAAAGCCGCUUCUAACGUUAGAUAACCCGUUCCCGAUGAAUCUCCCAGAGAAUUUAUUUGGGGAGAGAUGGGCAUUUGUCCAAUUACCCUAUUCAGCUAUCAGAGAAGAGAUCUCGUCCUUUGAGGAGAAAUUUGUCUUCGGAGCAAGCUUAGACUUGGAUUUGCUUGGCAUCGAGGUUGAUGGUGACACGCUAAUUCCCGGUCUUGCUGUCGCUUCUUCCCGGGCUAAGCCUUUGGCAGCUUGGAUGAACGGACUAGAAGUAUGUUCGAUCGAAGCAGACAGUGCCAAGGCAUGUCUGGUUCUAUCUGUGGGAAUCUCCACAAGAUACAUCUAUGCAACCUACAAGAAGACAACUGUGACAACAGGUGAAGCCGAAGCUUGGGAAGCUGCAAAAAAGGCAUGUGGAGGAUUGCAUUUCCUGGCCAUUCAAGAAGACUUAGAUUCUGAUGACUGUGUCGGGUUUUGGCUUCUCAUAGACUUGCCUCCACCCCCUGUAUAAUUGGAGUCAUCACGGAAACAGUACAUGUAACAACACUGUUUAUUAGAUUGUACCUGUGGUUUUUGUUUGAGGAUGAAGAUUUGUUGAUUUUCCA